AUGAUCUAUCCACUGCAGAAUUCAGGCCUCCCAAGCCGUCACCGUCAUUCACGGUCAGACGAUACACGAGCUGAUUCCGUCGCUCUGUCACGAAGGCCUUCAUCGGGGUCCACGGGGAGCAGGGGUCCGUGGGGGCCUGUGGGCAGCGUGGGGGUUCAGGGUCCUUUAGGGCUGCCAGGGCUCGAGGGUCCAGCUGGGAUCCCGGGGUCAAAGGGCGAGAGAGGCUACAGAAGGAGGGGCUCACCAGGAAUUCGAGGAGCGCAGGGAGAGCCGGGCCCCCCAGGUCCGGCAGGAGUGGGGGGCCACCCCGGGUCUAAGGGUACGCAGGGCCCGGUUGGCAGCGAGGGGACCCGCGGACCUUCAGGAUUCCCGGGACCCCCGGGAGUGGGGGCUGAGGCGGGAGACGCGGGGACCCCGGGGCCCACGGUGCGUGAGACGUCGCCGCACGUUCCCCCGCUCUCGAGACGCUCCUCUUCUUCUUCUCGGACUACGGGGGUGCAGGGAGAGGUGGGGCCCACGGGGGAGAAGGGACGCACGGGGCCCAAGGGGCCCACGGGUGGUAUUGGACAACCUGGUACCGCUGGAGCCAAGGGACUGCAGGGCGAUGUUGGGUCUCAGGGUCUGCCCGGGUCACAGGGGCUGCUGGGUUUACCAGGAAUGUUUGGAAUAAAGGGGGAGAAGGGGAUACGGGGCCAGCGAGGGGAUAGGGGGCCCUCGGGCCCCCCCGGGCCUCCGGGCCCCCCCGGCCCUGCAGGUCCGUCGACGGGACUCCGACACCACCGCCCUGGCGCUACGGCACGGCCCUCCUGGGAGGAGUGGCCUGAGGACUGGCCUCUGUGGGACCCUCCGUGGGCCCCGGGCGAGGCCACACGGAGCGGCGCGGGGGACCCAGCCGGGACCGUGUCCGCGCCGGCCCCGGGCCUUGUUGGCGAGCACCCGCCGGCCACGUGCCACGAGCUGCAGCUGUGCCGGCCGGGCCUUCCCGACGGGCACUACUGGAUCGACCCCAACCAGGGCUGCCCGCUCGACGCGCUGCUCGCUCGCUGCCACUUCUCGGCCGGCGGCGCCACCUGCGUUGGCGGCGCGGCGGAGAGCCAGCGGGCCCCGCCGUACCCGGGCCUCGGCACCGUCCAGCUCAAGUUCCUGCGCCUUCGGAGCGGGCGAGCGUGGCAGCACGUCCGUGCCACCACGCGAGGGGGCGGCACGGUGGGCGCCGAGGGGGGGGAGGAGGAGGAGGAAGAGGGGCCGACGCUCGUGGGAGACGAUGGCACCGAGAUUGGGCCAGGACACGAUGCCUACCGCGUGCUGCGUCGCGACUGCACGCAGGCCGGAACGCGGGACGAGGUGUGCGUCCUACACCUCGUCGUUUCGACGAGCAGCACGGAGUCUCUGCCCAUCCGCGCCAUGCCCUCUCGGGGGCCCCGCCGGUGGGGGGUCGCCCUCUCGCUGGGACCUCUGUGCUUCCUCUAGCCAGGGCAGCAAGAGGGUGGCGGGGGGGGGGGCAAAGCUGUGCGGGUGAGGUGGGGGGGAGGGGGCAGCAGGAGCGUUGGCUGCCGUGGUUGAGGGGCAGCAGGGAUGCUGUGACGCUGGUGGUGGCGCUGGUGGUGGUUAAGCGGUUUGCGCGCUGCACUCCGAUCCCGGCCUAGGUCGACUCAGCCUCAAAUGAGUCCCUGGCGCGCUGUAUUAACAUCUUUACUGUGGACACAAAGGCGGGCAGGCGUGGUGCUGGUCACUCACCCCCUCGUGUGCCGUGCCGGCCUUCGUAGGUGUUACUCGCUAACAGCACUUGCCCCAACAGUCUGUUGAGGCUAUAUGGGGGCUAUUUGUCUUUAGUGGUGCUGGUAAUGGGCCCAUGCUUCGUUAAUGUUUCGCGACGUUCGCGCAGACGUCACCCCGACGUCGUACCGACGAGUGCGGAGCGUUGAGCAAUAUUCCGCUCGUUACACGCACUCCGUCAAGGCCGCGCGUCGCUCGGCACGCGGGUAUCUAUUUAAAACACCAGAUUUUUAAAAAAAUACAAAUAUGUAGUAUAAAUGUGCCCAUUGUAAACCGAAACCUGUCAGAGUCGAAAUGUGUUUCGUUUAUUAGACGGACAACCUGCCGGCAGUUGCAUGAAAACAAUUAAAAUCGGCGUCAAUGAGAGGCGGUAUUGACCCGAGGGUUGUUAUGCGACUGCCCACAGGCAUAUUGCUGCUGUGCUAGUUUCGUUACGAUGCCCCCCGGGAGUGACAGGAGGGGGGGGGACGUUU